UUCCGGUUGAAAAUUUACUCAAUCGUUUUUCUGAUAUUGAUGAAAACAACAAUUUUACAAGUGUUGUUAAAAAAACUCGAGAUCGAUUUUUAAAAGUUGCCAAUCAAUUACUUUCUGGAAGAUUGGCUAUAUCCGCUUUGAAUUUGGGUGGAACUAAAAUUGGUCCUACUGGAAAAAGUGAUACGCCAAUUUUAUCCUACCAACUUCAACAACGUGCUUUGAUUCCACUUCUGGCCACAACCAUUGCUUUGAAUAUUGGGCUUAAUUACUGUAAAUUUCGAUGGGCCGAAGGGACAGAAAAGGAUCAUAACGAAGUUGUUAGGCUUUGUUGUAUGAUAAAACCUUUAGUGACAUGGAAUUUUGAACGAGUGGCUACUACUUGUAGAGAAAGAUGCGGUGGGCAAGGAUAUUUGAGUAUUAAUAGAUUUGGUAGCUUCAUUGGAUUCUCACAUGCUGGUAUGACAGCUGAGGGAGAUAAUAGCGUUCUAAUGCAAAAAGUUUCUAAGGAAUUGUUAGCUGAUGUCCAAUCGGGUGUUCUCAAGUUACCACGCAUCCCUGAU